GCUAAGCAACAAGAAAUUGGCCUCUUGAGGUUCUCAUUCCUCAGAUGUGGCCUCAGCAAGAGGAAAAAUUGCCUUUUCUGCUUCCUUCCUGGAAAGAUGGAAAGUGCUUUAAUAGGCUCCUGGCACAACAGUGGCUUCUAUGGGCACUUUAGAGGCCAAGUCAAGAGUGAAAGUGCUGGAGAGUAUCGCCGUGCUGCCAAGCCUCAACCUCCAGCAACGUUCCUGCAGCGAUGCCAGGUGCCAGCACAGCAACACUUCUUCUCCGAGCAUGACAACCGCACCUCCUAUGACCAAGGUCCCUACUGUCUGCUGCAGGGAAUCGGACGACAGAAAGACCUGAAGCGCCUGUGGCAGCCACACACCUUCCUGCGCUGGGCACCCUGUGAGCUAGAGCUGAACCAGCAGCGGCCCCUGAGAUCUUCCUACCAGUUUGAUUUCCAGCCAGGCUCAGGACUUGAUAGUCUCCCACAGCGUCUUGUUCACUUUGUGCAAAUCCAGCCUCGCCAAGCCAGCACUACCUAUCAGAGAAACUUCUGCCACCCAUCCUUUGCUGGACGCUGUGGCAGUGACAAGAUAGGGCCCCAAUUACCUGUCACGGACACCCUACCUGACCUCCCAGCGACCCCAAGACCCAAGCUAUUGCAGCACUACCUUCAUCCUGGGGUCUAUGAGUGCCUACACUGGUCCUGAGCAUUAAACAAGGACAGCUGACACACAGCCUGCCUGUUCUUGCAGCACAAGACACCUCAGGGGCCAGUGAGCAGUUGUGUGCAGGCCAGAGUCUUCUCUCUCAGGACUCGUGUCUAUGGUGUGCCCAUGCUGGGCUGGGGAGGUACUGCCAUGGGAGUUUUGCCACUAGGUGAGAAAGGGUAAGGCCUGGAAGAGGCCCAGCAUCCAGGAAAGCUGCCAUGACCAACACAACAAGUGGGUCCAUAUACUUGUCCACAACUUUGGCAAACAGCUGGAAACCCUGUACUCAGCAUAGCUACAAGGAAAGCAGAGUGAGCACUUCUACUAGUGGGCAUCAAAGACCAGAGUGUAUUUCCCUAUAAUCUCAGCUACUCAGGAGGUCAAGAGGUCAAGGGAGGAGGAGCACAAAUUCCAGCCCAAACUGGGAAACUUAAGAGACUCUGUCUCAAAUAAAAAAACCAAAAAACUAAGGGCUGAUGGUGUAGCUGUAACAGUGUUUGCCUAGCAUGUUCAAGGCACUGGGUACCCUAGGAUAGAAUUAAAAAAAAAAAAAAAAAAAAGCUAGAGGCGGCAGUAAAGACUGGCAACUUCCUUUAGGAGGAGGCCUAGGAGGGUUAGGUGGGCAGUCAUCCAAUUCUGUCC